AUGCAUCUAUCUAUCUAUCUAUCUAUCUAUCUAUCUAUCUAUCUAUCUAUCUAUCUAUGCAUCAGGCUCUGUCUGUUCAUUAUCUAUCUAUCUAUCUAUCUAUCUAUCUAUCAGGGUAGCUUGCAAGAUAAGCUAGCUCUGUCUGUUCAUUAUCUAUCUAUCUAUCUAUCUAUCUAUCUAUCUAUCUAUCUAUCUAUCUAUCUAUCUAUCAGGACCAGUCUGUUCAUUAUUCAUCUAUCUAUCUAUCUAUCUAUCUAUCUAUAUCAUAUCUAUCUAUCUAUCAGACCAGUCUGUUCAUUAUCUAUCUAUCUAUCUAUCUAUCUAUCUAUCUAUCAGGGUAGCUUGCAAGAUAAGCUAGCUCUGUCUGUUCAUUAUCUAUCUAUCUAUCUAUCUAUCUAUCUAUCUAUCUAUCUAUCUAUCUAUCUAUCAGGACCAGUCUGUUCAUUAUCUAUCCAUCUAUCUAUCUAUCUAUCUAUCUAUAUCUAUCUAUCUAUCUAUCUAUCUAUCUAUCAGGGUAGCUUGCAAGAUAAGCUAGACCAGUCUGUUCAUUAUCUAUCUAUCCAUCUAUCUAUCUAUCUAUCUAUCUAUCUAUCUAUCUAUCUAUCAGGAUAG